AUGAAGUAUUACUACCCAGACUCACUUCCCAGGUAUAGGCGAUAUACACGAGGCCUGAAAACUGUGCGUUUCCCCAAUGACGUUCUCUUCCUGGACCAUAUUAGGCAGAGCGACCUGGAGCAGGUGGGCCGUUUCAUCCGUGCCAGGAAGGUCACCUUGGACACUAUCUACCCCUCAGGUAAGUAGGACGUGGGUGAACCUAACUGAAGGGUGGUUGAAUAAGCCUAAGCACUAGCAGAUGCCUAAUCCCAAAGUCAGGCUGUGUGUUACAAACUAGGUCAUGUUUUUUCCUCUAACACUUACAUCGAUAUAGGGAGCUAUGUCACCUGAAAUCCUUUUGCUAGACACUUGAGUAUUGAACAGAUUCUAAGGUGAUAGAUGCUAAGAAAACUAUGCCAAUGUACUGCGCACUCUCUGAGAAAAUUUAAAUCCCUUUACUAAUCUGCUAAUGCAGCUUGUUCCUGUGUGAAUAAAAUAUGGCUGCUGAGUUGAGAACAGAACAAUAUAUCCAGUGGCAGGAUGAACAGAGCAGCUUCAUGCCCAGCCGUAAAGCUGAAUCAGUGUUUCUUUGAGCCGUUUCCCCCAGCUAUGAUCUCAGCAUGAAAGGCUGCACUUAAAAAAGGAAUCCAGUAGUCACAGGAAUUUCAACAGUUACAGCUACUAUGGCCCAGUAGAUUGUUAGAGUGUGUUUGCUUCUUACUGACUUCCAUCACACUUAGACUUUCAUAACAUUGACUCAGUAUUGCAGAAGGCCAUAGAAGCCUUGAUUGAGGUGCUGUUCUUACAAACUGCUUACUUAAUUCCCCAAAUAAGUUUCUGGAACUCACUCAGCUUUGGUUAAAAUAAUAUUCUUUUUCUCCAUGCAAAGAACCUGGUGGGCCAAAAAUUGUCCCCUCUGUGUGCCGUUUCCCCAACAAUUAUAAGAUAAUGCAGCCUUAAAAAUGUAAAGGCCCUGGUCUAGUUUCCUGAGAAAAAAAUAUGCAUUUUGCUUCUAGACUCCUCCCCACUGUCUCAAGCAUAUUAGCAUAACUCCCUUUUUGUGGGAUGUUUUCCUAAGAUCUGCAGGUUGUGGCUGAUGCAUUACCUUUUCCCAUUAGGUAUGGCUGCCCUCCAUGAAGCUGUGCUUUCUGGGAACCUUGACUGCGUCAAGCUGUUGGUGAAAUAUGGUGCUGACAUCAAUCAGAAAGAUGAGGACGGCUGGACACCCCUACACAUGGCUUGCAGUGAUGGUCACGCUGAUAUUGCAAGGUCAGAGAUGCAAAUUAUGUUAACCUUUAAUCUCUAGUCUAGCCAUGCCCACCCUCUCUUGACAGGCCACAAACUUGGUCAAGGAAAACGGGGAGGGAAGUAGGGCUUGCUCAACAGUGAGUGCUAGGCUUAGACUUGAGGUGAUGACAUGUCUGUUGGCUAGAUGACCAUCCUAUAGGUAGUGCUAGUCUUCGGACACUAGCAGUGAUGUUUUGCGUUGGCGUGUUAAGUGACCUAUGAUAUCUCCCAAAUAUAUAGGAUAUCUCAAGUAAGAAGGUGAGAAUGGAAACCAGAUAUAAGAGAAGACUGGUCUCUUUAUGGAAAGAGGAAAGCUUUACAUUGAAACUAACAGCCAAUUCACAAGUCCUCUGUAUCAUCUUGUAUAUGAAAGCAUAGGGAAAAGUGCAUGUAUGAACUAAACUGUGCAUGUGGGUAUGUGUGUCAAUUAUGUCCUCGUCUCAUCACCUCAUUCUUUAAUCCUGCAGGUACCUCAUCUCUCUUGGUGCCCAGCGUGAUGCUACCAAUGAUGAAGGGGAGAAGCCAUCCGACCUAAUUGACCCAGAGUACAAGGAGCUUGUGGAGCUUUUCAAAGCAGCCCGAGUAGACUAAGCUAGUGCCGCUCAGCUCUUUCCCAUGUGGAGUUCAGCUUCCAUGGCAGGCAGCAGCAUUUGUUGCAUGCUGCAAGGAGGCUAGCAAAGUUGCCCCUACUACGUUGGCAAGAGUGUACGGCCUCCUAAAAGAGACCACAGUUUGGUUGUAAUGUGUAUGUAUGAGAGUGGCUACCUUGGGGUUUAUCAGAGAGCUAUGCUUGGGAUAGCCCUUCCAGAAAAUGUAAACUUCUCUACCAUGUGGCCCAUUUUCUGGUACCUGCUACGGUCAGGCUUUAGUUAAAAUGAGUCUAAUGGCUGGGACACACUGGCCCAAACGGCACUGUUGUGCAGGAGGUUCACACAGGUGAUUAUGAAAUGAACUGGACUGGGUACCAAUUUGUGUGAACAUACACCUUCCAAUUAUUAUCUGGCAAUGACUGAUUUGAACAGUGCUUUCUCAAAGACAUUCAACCUAUUCAGGCCUGAAGAAUCCUCACACAAUUAUCACAAAAAGAAAAUAGCCCCAACUUCAAGCUGGUAUCUUUCUGCUGUAUAUAUUAUCCUAAAAAUGUCAUGUAUAAAGUCUCACAUGUUUGCUCCUAGAUUUGCUUUUCUACUGUUAUUUUUUAUGUGGUUCUGAAACAGCUUUUUAUUUUUUCAAUAAAGUAAUUUCUACAACCUUGGGUUAUUUUUAUUCCCUCUGCUCUUGGGAACGGUAGCCACACUUCCUGCCCAGACACUUUGUUUCCCAGGUUGCCCUUAGACUGUUCCCUAGCUGCACAUGAGAUUUUGGAUAUGAAAUGAGGAAAUGAAUUCUAAAGGAAAGUAGAACAGCUUAAAAAGCAGAACAAGAUAUAGUGACUAAUGCCUAAAAGUUCUCAUUCAUACACAUCUAGCUGUUUAACUUUGAUGGAGGACAUGUAUUUACCUUGAAGUUGUCCAUUAGACAUUGUCCCUGCUGCACCGUUAUUUCAUUCUGUUAAGUAAGGGUCAAUGUCCUCCUAGUGGUGCAGUAAUAAAAUUGUUAGCACAUUUGCAAAGCUAAGCAGGGUCUGGUAUGGCUUCAGAUUAGAUGUUGAGAUUCCUGCACUGCAGGGAGUUGGACUUGAUGACCCUUGGGGUCCCUUCCAAUUCUACAGUUCUGUAUUAUUAAAUUAUGCAACUUGAGUAUUUAUUUUUUUUGCAGCACUUAUAAUAUGUGCAACAUACUAUAGCUCAGGUGAUUGGACUAGAUGACCCUCGUGGUCCCUUCCAACUCUACAAUUCUAUCAAUCUUUGCAUGCUCUUUUCUCUGGAAGACAGAAGAAUGAAAUGGCAAUGCAAGAUGGUGGAUAUUAGCCCUCAGCUGUGCAUUGUUUCUGAUAAUUGCACAGUCUAUGGUACACCACACAGUUUGAAGAAAUUAAAUAAUCGGGCUUCUUUUGUUUGUGGCUGCUUCUUUCUGAUAGGUUUCAGGUACAGUGGUGUUGUUCCUGCAACCUAUCACUUGGAAGGGGAAUAAGAGGCCUGUAAUAAAGUUCUUACUAUUUUUGUCCCAAAUGACUUGAGUUGGCUUUAGUAAUGACUUGGCAAAUGCAUGAACAAGACGGGAAGAAAAUUAGAUGUGACAUUUCUUGGAGAAGAGUCAAUGCUUGGAGGUUUGUCCACUCAGAGACACCUGAUAAGUGCUAAAUACUACUUCCCAGUCGGAUAGUUUGUCUCUUGGUGAAAAUCAGUAGUGAAUCACUUGCACCAUCUGGGUCAGCAUGCUCUGACAGAAGUAGGGCAGCUCUGCACAACUCACAGUUACUUCAGGCUUCCUACAUAUUUGGUUAGGUGUCACUGUGGUUGCCAUCUAAGCAUACAUCACCAUGCAGAGCUAUUGUCAGGGCUCACUCUAUAAUACACUGCACAUGCAUUAAGUUUGGGGACACUGCUCAACAUCCUGAGAUCCUCAGCUUUACUUUUAAAUAACUUUUAGCCCUGGCAAUAGAUGAUAGGCACAGACAAUGCCCAAUAAGAUGAUAAGCAAGGUGUUGUACAGGAUUGGUCAGAAGUCUGGGCUUCAGUGUCCAGCAAGGAUCUUUGAUCUGCCCUUGUCUAGUAAGCAAAAACAAGUGGUUUUCUCUUAUUUUUACCUACAUUUGUUUGGUUACAUUUAGGAGACUUUUGUUGAAACCUUAGUUCCUAAUGUGUUGGAGUUGUACUAAACCAGGAAGUCUCCACUCCCAUGAUUCCCCUUCUGAAUGCAGCACUUUAAAAUGCUUCUACAGAACACUGUGUAAUGACAAAAACCCAUUCAAAUGGGCAAGUUAAAAAAUGAAUUUUAAAAAUACUACAAGUGUGUGAGAGAGAAAGGGAUUGCUUUUGUAUUGCUAUUUGAAGUGUCAAUCUAUAUAGUGUGCCCUAUCCUGAAGGCUUGGGCAAGGUCUAAAAUUAAUCCUACACCAGAAAAACAAUUAACAUUUCCUAAUUAAUGGAAAAUUUCUCCAUCCUUUCUGUCAACCAUGUAUCCUAAAUGCCAUCCCAAAGAGAGCUAGAUCUCGGAAAACUGGAGAAGGCUCUUUUCAGAUCGCAAUUCGAAUACAAACACGGAAAAUGUUAAUGUAAACGUGUGAAAUCAUGUCAAUGAUUCCCACCCACCCACUAAUCACAGAACUGUCCACACUUAGUUGGCGUAGAUUUAGAGCGUAAUGAUUAUGAAAACAGGAUGUGGAGAGAAGCCUCAAAUGUCCACAAAACGGGGCACACGGUAAACUGGGGUGGGGGUGGGGGUGGGGGUAGCGCUCAGUUAGAUCCUGACCCAAGCCGGGGAAGCGGCGACUCUGCUUUGGGCAAUGCCGACUUCCCGAAGCUCACAAAGGAGGGAAAGGCGAUCUCUUUUAAGCAGCCUCCGUCCCGCUCCGGCUUCUACCCCAUUUUUCCGUUUCUGGAGACCCUCCCCACCCUCUCCCGCGUCUCCCAGAGCUUCUUUUCCCCACCCCUCACUCCCGUUUCCAUGGAUACCCCUCCCUGCCCAGCCGCUGCGUUUCCAUGGAAACCUCCUCCCUCGGGUACUAGGGGCAAGGGCUACCCGGGCCCAUUCGCCCGCAGUGCGCACGCGCAGCCCGGCCUAGGCGCUCUCUUCCGCCCCGGGCCUGGCAGCAGCGAGAGAAGCCGGGACUUAACCCGGGCCCAGGUGAAGAGGGUUGCGGGUGGGGAAUUGAGGGUGGGGCCGCGGAGAGUGGGGCGCCCUUCCUUCCCCGGCCCCCCGUGGAAGUGCUCCCUUUCUGUUCCUCUGGGCCUAGGAGCGCAGUCCCCAAACUCCACGCCUGCCUUGUUGUCGUUCGGGGCCGGGAGAAGUGUGGCUGCUUGGGCCUCCCUCUCCCCGCACCUCCCUCAGGAAGCUUGACAUCCCAUCUCCGUGCCUGAGGGUAGCGUGGGGUUGCGGAUUGGAGGGGGGGUUGUUGAGGGAAGUAUUGGGGUUCCCCAAGGCGCAGGUGCCUCUAGGAACUGGACUCGGAGCAGGGAGGAGGGCGGUGGGGUCCCGAAGUGGUGGUCGGGGGGGCUCCAGGGCUUUUUGACACAUUCGGGGAUUUUUAGCGAUGGGGUGGGACUUAUCGGUAGUGUGGUAGGAGGGUGGUUGGGAUCCUGCUUUCUAUGCCUGUAAGAUGCUGCAAUCUCCUUAAAUGUAAUAGCAGAGGUGGGCAUAGAUGCUUCCACCCAAAGUCGGUACCGGAGCAAUUUGUCCCCACCCGUGGGAUUUAUUGAGGGUCCGUCCCCAUUGAGCUCAGUGUCUUGUCUUUGUUUUAGCACCGCCAAGCCACACAUCCAGGACUUGGGCCAGGGCUGGGAAAGAGGCAGCCAUGACGAGGUGAGAAAAGUUAUGGGGCUGUGAGAAUUGAACUUGUGUUAAUACUGAGCGGGCUGUCAGAAUGUAUUGACUCCUCGAUGAUUGGAGACUUUCAACCCACAGUGCUGAUUUUGUUGUCUUUGGUGGUUGUGUAUACCAUGGUUAUGCACCAAAAAUCUUUCUGUGUUGCUACCUGCUGACAGUGGUUCAGGAAUGGUGUGGGCAAUAAAGGUAAAUGGAUAUAAUUGAUUGAACCUUUAACUGGUCAUUAGCAUGGGUCUUUGUGUUCACCUCCCCACCCAGCUUCACUAGGUAAUGUUUGGAUGUCAGUUCCUCCAAGCUUCUAUUCUUUAUUUAUAUAACUUUAGUUUUGAGUCUGAAACAAUAACUGUUUAACACUUUGUACAUAAGAAGGUGUCAUGCUAAUCAGGGGUCGGCCAUAGGGAUAUCAGAAUAGAUCUCUGGGUGAUUUGAUGUAGAGCGGUAAGGAUUUUUGAUUCCCAGUUGCUUGGCACUGACAAUAACAAAAUGACCAUCCCUCCAAAGUAAUGUGGCUCAAGUGAUGAAAAGGGUGGGGUAACCCAAGGUAGAUUUUUAUAUAGAAGGACUGUGAGCUCAGUUUAGUUCAGUGCUCAUAUUCAAAACAAAUUCCUGAGCUCAGUGUUCUUCAAUUCUAAGUGUGCAACUCUUGUGAGCUGGCUGUGAUAGUUGGAUCAUUGAGCUCUAGUUAAAAAAAGAAGUAGAUUUUGCAUGCCUGAAGUCUGCCUAUUCCUGAUGUAAAUGACAACUAAGCACAACCGCAGUCUGUAUUGGUCACACUCUCUGAAAAGCGUAAUAGCAGCCACAUUGAAUGGUCUGUAAAGCUAAAGGAUCCUUUUGCCAGGAUAGUUAGUAUAAAUCUUCCUUUUUUGCUUCUUUAUUUGUGGCAAAGAUCAGUGUCUUGUUUCCUCUCUCACUGGGGUCUCCACUGCACUUCCAGUUCUCCUGUCUCCCGAGUUGUAUACAAUGGCAAGAGAAACAGCAGCCCUCGCUCCCCAAGCAACAGCAGUGAGAUCUUCACUCCUGCACAUGAGGAGAAUGUGCGUUUCAUCUCUGAAGGUGCAGUAUUUACAUUUGAGAAGGCUGAUCUCUUCAGUUGCUGCAUCUCCACUGAGUCAGUAGCACAUUUCCUUACCUCUUACCCUGUAUAUAACAUAUGUUUCUCAUGCGGUUGCCAGUUCUGGUGUUAUUUUUUCCUUACUCGUGUAUUUAAGAUGGGUGCGGGAAAGUGAAGAAAAUGAAGAUGAGACUCAUUGGAAUGUUUAGAUAUGAAUCCAACUCUUGGAACUGACGGAUAGUUCUGAGGGUAUGUGAGACUUGUCUUCUGAUUCUGCAUCCAGCAUUACAAACAUCUGUCAUUGCCUCCCUGCUUCUUUAUUUGCAUUUAAAGACUUCUCCAGUAGUAAUGGUGGGACCACUGCUUGGUGUCUAGGCUGUCUUAGGGUGCCAAAAGCUGGCAGUACUCUUGGGCUAAAGGAAAGGGCUCUUCCGUAUUCUCCAUGUGAAGUUUUAUCCCCACUUUAACUGUUCCCCUUCUCUGCAGCAUGGCAGUGUGUGGAGCGGGAUCUCCGCAAUCAGAUGGCAAGUGGUGAACGGGGACUUGUGGAGGAGUAUGUGGAGAAGAUGCCAAACCCCAGUCUGAAAAGUGAGUUUUCUUUUGCUAGCUUUCCCCUUUCAAAGAGAGGUCUAAUUUAGUCAUGGUUACACCUCCUUGGUGACAGCCGUUUAGAUUACUCUGAUGUAGGACUGGCUUUGCAGAGCAUUUGAAAACAUAGAGUCCAAGAUGCAGCUGAAAGAAUCCUAACUGAAACCCAUCACUAGAAGCAUUGUUGUCAUUGGUUUCCAGAUAGUUUCAGGGCUCAGUUCAAAGUGCUGGUGUUGACUUUUAAAGGUUUAUAUGGCCUGGACUGACUGCUCCAAUACAGAUCUGUCUAUUGACUCAAUUCAAGCCCUGUUCCGGUUCUCUCUGGGGUUGAGCUAGAUGGCUAUGCAUGAAAGGGGCUUUUCAGCAGUUGGCCUCAGGCUCUGACAUUUGUUUCCGUGGGAAGCCCAUUUGUCCUCAUCUUUCUUGCUCUUCUGACAUACGGUGAAAACUCUCUUGUAUAGGAGGAUAGUUGGAAACAUAUAGUGGUAGUGUUAUAGUCCAUGAAUUUGAUUAGGUACAUGAAUAUAGAUGUACCUACUUUCUUGCAUAUUAGAGAUUUUCUGGUUGCAGAAUUUAGGUUAUCAUUCUAGGUAGAACUGGAGACCCCUUGGGUUUGGGUUGUAGUAAUGGCCUGCUGUGUUGAAUAGGUCUGGGGUACCAACUCAAACCAUUUAAUUAGGUGUGUAGGUUACCUGUGAUCUGAAUUCCAAUUUAGGGUACUAACUGUUAGGUGAUGGUGGGGAGGCUAGCAUCUUUGUUCUUAUCCAGGCAGGCUGGAGGGAGUAUUGAUGGAAAGCAAUGUUGCUAGUCAGGAAUCUUACCCUAAAUUGUGUCUCCUUUCUUCUUUUUUGACAGCUUUCAGACCUGUUGACUUGAGUGACCUAAAGCGGCGGAACACACAGGAUGCUAAGAAAUCCUAAAAUGGCUCGGCCUGCCUCAGCCCCAAGUGCUGGCGUGUGGCCACUGGUACAUGAAUUUGAUGACUUUGUGUUGGUUUCCUCCUUUGGUCUGGCUUGUGCCUGGGGCUGGCUCUGAAUUCCCUAAGGAAGGAUAGGCUUCUUGCCUUUUCUUCACAGCUUCCCUUGGCCUGGCCUGGCCCGCCUGCCUUCAUUCUACAAUUGGCCCCAGAAAUUACCUUUUCCCCUUAGUAAAUGACAUUUUACUCUGAUGGUGGCCAAGAGGUUGGUGUGUACCCUGUCUGUUUUAGGAGUGUGGAAUAAGGCAGAAGAAUCAGGAACAAUAUCUAAUCUCUCCCUAUACCCAUCUCAAAGCCCAGCCCUUCUUAGGGCAAGGCUAAGAGAGAAUGAUGGGACAGAAGCAAUAUGGGUUUUCGUAGUCCACCCUAUCAAUACAUUGUGAGAAUUCAGACUGACUCCUCAUACAGUACCUGAGCUUUUAGACUGGAGGAUGAAAGAGUGUUGUGCUACGAUCUCCAUAUGCUAUCUGCUCAGCUCUGUGGCACAACAAUGGCGAAACGCUGAAGAUAGAGGCUGAGGGACCCAGGUACAAAGUCUCCCAAGGGAAAACUCUUUUGGGAUUCUGUUGUAUAGGAUAAAACUGAGUCGACUCCCUUAUUCUGAGCUGAGCAGGUACUCCAGGUUCUGCUGUCUUUACACUCUGCUGACUUGCAGCCCCAGCCAGGGGGGCAGGUAGCAUUUCUGAGCUAGCCCCAGAGCCCAGCCCCUGUGCCCCAGCAGGGCUGGGGACAGCCUUGGUGUGUGCUGGGCACUGGCAAGUGGCAGUAGUGCCCAUGUUUGUGCCCAGCUCAGGCAGUGAUGUUGGGGACCCUGCUCAGAGUUGGGUAGGCAAGGGGCAUGGUGGCUGUUCUUUUCCCUUUGUAAUGUCCCCUCUUGGUCUGUGUCUGUCUUUUAAGGAGUGUUGUAAAUAAAAACUGGUUAGUCAUUUUGACAUUCUGCUCUGAGAAUUUAUCCUGCAUCUCUACCUGGGUUCCCAUGAACGGGGCUUGCUUACCAAUCUUUCUUUGGGUUCCAUGUUCUCAUUGUUCUGAACUGUUUCACCUGAGCCAGAGUGAAUUUUCUCAAAAGGAAGGGGAUUUGUUUUGUUCCUUUUGUUGCCCUAACGGCAGUGCUUGGCAGCUUCCUGUGUUUUUACUUGACUAUUACUCUCCAUUGGUGCUGGGCUAGUUGCAACUUAGUCUGUUGGAGUAAUUUACAGUUCAACCUAACCUGAUGCUGUUGUGAUUGUUAAGCCUCCAGAAGGGCAUUCAAGUCCCUUUUGCAAUCCUGUAGGGGAGAAGGAACUAUGAAAUAUCUAGUCCCUUAGGUGUGAUGUAUUUAGCUAUCAGUAUUCAGAAAGAUAUCCUAGUGCUUGGUAAACAGUUGCCAUUUGGAUACACAUUAUUUUGUGCACCUUAGAAUGGUGUUCACAUCGUGCUGUGAAGGAGGUGGAGUUGCAGGCUGCUUAGGGAAAGUGCUUCAUGUUAGCUAUAAGGUGAAACCUACUGUGAAGCAAGGUCUCUCUCACAACUUGCUAUUUCCUUGGCUAAUGACAUGGUCAUUUUCUGUGUGAUUGGCAGUAGGCACCUACAGUGUUUCCUUGAAACACUGGUGCUUAUUAGGGUUAGCAUGGGGUUUAUCUGGUGUUGGGUUAUGUUGAGUAGUCUUAGCUGACACCUUAAGAAGUUUUUGUGUGCACAGAACACAUACCGAUAUGAGACUCUGCGGCAGAAUGGUGGAGACUUUCAGACAUCCAUUUUCCCUAAGGCAACAGGGUAGGGAGUGUUGCUUAGUAAGGUAUUUUUCCUCCUUGAAGUCUGGGAACUGGAGCAGUGGUGCCUGUAGGGUCAACAGGAAGCUAACAUUAUUUUCACACUGUAAUCUGGCUGCAGGUGAUAUUAUUACCUUUAGUUGGAUUAGCAGGAUUUUCCUACCGCAGCAAACUGAAUCAGCACCCCCAAAUGCGGUAAUGCUUGAAUCCUCAGUAGUUUGCUGUGCUGUGGAUAUUUUAUCUCAGUCUGCUUUCCCAAAUAUAUCUUUAUGCUAGCUUUGAAAUCAUACCCAGCUUGCUGGGCGCUUUUGCCAGUCUUGAUUGAAGUGGGCAAUAUUUGCACCCAGCCUGACCAAUUUGUUUACUUUGACCAAAUGUCAUGUCAUGAAUUGGAUUAGAACAGAGUGUGUUUCUCUGCCAACAGGCAGCACAAAAACGUAGCUAUGAAAACAACAUGGAGCAUAGUGCCAAGGAGACGUCAAGGAAGAUAUAG